GGGAACACUUGACACGUUGCAAAGCUACAGCACAGGUAUUUAACUAAUCCUCUUGUCAGCGCAAUAUAUAAUUAAAACGUAUACUUACAAAGCCCCUCCUUCCAUGCACGGUAUGUGAAGUACGGCCUUUCCAUUGUGCGUCGUUCCCGUGCCAUCCCGUCCCUUCCCAUCUUCCGUCUCUCUCCAGCUACCUGCCCUGGGAGGGGGAGCUGGAGCAGCUGUAUGUCGUCCUCCAAGCUUGGCUUCCUGCUGGCUCUCGGUACCCGGUCGCUGUUGCGGCUGCCGUACCUGGUGGAGGAAGGGGAGAAGCGCCGCCCGGCUCUGCGCACUGUGAUAGCAAGGCCGCCAGGCCAGUGGGACGAGGAACACCCCGACUUCCAAGACUGGCUGGCCAGGCAAACCCUGCCGAGGUCAGUGCCCGGCCAGGAGGCGGCUUGGGAGCCUUGGGAAGACGUGCCUGCGCCGGGGAAAGCUCCGCGCUGGGGCCGGAGGCUUCUGCCCCCCCCCCCCGCCGCCACUGAUUUGGGGCUUCGUGGGCUUUGCGACGGCCAGGUCGAACGGAUUGUUGCGCCGUUUGUGUUGUCACCGGUAGUCCAUAGCUUGCUACGUUGGCCUGUUAAGAGGUUCUCGGUGACACGAAGCACUGUUUGGGUCGGGUAGCGUUGCAUGUGGCAAGCAGCGCCUGCAUGUGGCUUGUCAAAGCAGAGGACCUGCAACAGGGGCCCGUGUCUUUGCUAUGUUGUAAACUAUUCGUGCAGGGUACUUACCGGUACGCGUUUAGGACUCCCCACGUCUCCUCAAGUAUCCCCGUAUUAAAGCGGCGGCGCAAUGUAAUACUGGGCGUUUUG